UUAAAGCACCAAUCACAUCGCAGAAGCUACUGAGGACCAAUCAGAUUCAAGUAUAUAAGAUGAUGUAACAUUGAAGGGAGAACCAAUGAAAUGAAAUAAACUAGCGAGGACCAAUAAGAUUGCAGAAUGUGUGAUGAUGUCACAGAAGCUAGUGACAUCACCGAGUUCUGAGCCUUAGAAAACCACUGCCUGACAUUAUCGCAGCCAGAUUUUCUCUGGAUAUAGAGAGAGACAGAUCGGCUUGUGCUUUUGCUUAGCAAAUCCUUGCUUUCGCUUAGCGAAUAAUUGACUUUGCGCCAUGGAGAUCCGGGGUUUGGCAUUCUUGCUUUUCCUCUGGGUCAUAUGGACGCUAUCGGGCCUCUGUGCCCUGAUUGCCUUGACUGUCAUCCCAGGCCAUGUAAAAUAUCCUUACAUCAGUGACACGGGACGAAUAUUCCCCGAAUCGGUGGUCUUUACAGUGGUCUUCUUAAUAUCUGCCCUUUUUGGAGCUGGCAACGCUUCCAUCAUGUACCGGUUCAUGAUCAUCCGGUCUGAACAAUCAGAGAGGCGACAUAUCAUCUGCCAGAGAAUCCUCUAUGCCUUUGCAUGGAUUGGCUGCAUUGGGACCGUUGUGACCGCCAUAGUCUCGAUGAGGAUCAGUCCUACAGUCCACAGGAUCGGCGCAGGACCGGCAUUUUUCUUUUGUGCCGUUUACAACCUAGGUCAAGCUGUAUGCCUGUACAAGAAAUCCUUCAGCAGUCGCCGCCUAUGCCACAUUAGAUUGGCAUCAACCUUGGUGCCCAUUGUGGGCCUGCUGACCUUUUCUGUGUGUAUGACUAUCGGCUACUUUCAGCUUCUUCCAUGUACUGGCCGAUGUGAAGAGAUCUACACCAGGACAGGCAUGGUGGCCGAGUGGACUGGAUUUCUUGGCCUGAUAAUACACCAACUAAUGAACUAUACAGAUUUCCAGCAUUUGUCUUUAACGUUGUCCCGAGAAGGUGUCUCCAUUGGCCUGAGAGAAAAGACCCAGGACCCUGAAAACCCCCAAUAA